GAAAUAAAUAUCGGGAUUUGACUAUCGCAGCGAUCCUCUCGAAAAUCAACCAAACUAUGAGAAUAGUGCGGAUGGAACACUUCCAACCGAAUGAGGCGGUUACCUUGCUUAUAGCCCCAUUUUCGGGGGUUGUUAUGCAGCCUUGUAGGGAAAGAGUGGGACUAUCUUCUGGGGGCUGGUUCUUUGAUGGACUAUUGGUCUUAUUAUUUUAUUUUUGGGAUCCUCGGCGGAGGCGGAGUACAAUCAUUCAGAUUUUUUUUUUCGGGGGAUAUGCUUGCUUUUCUUCUCUUGUAUAGUCUUUAAUAAUGGGCAGCUACUAGCCGGAUAUGGUGUUUACAUGCCAAGGGGGUAAGAAUAUGGUGGGGUUUAUACGUUGAGCUGUGGAAGGAAAAGACGAAUUAUCGAAUGAGACUUUCAUCACACAUGACACAUACACGUAAGGACAUCGAAAGGGGAAGUAU